UGCUCAGUCGUUUUGAUUUUGACCCCAGAACAGACGCACUGCUCCAGUACAUUCUGCUUUACAGAAGACAGAAUGAAUAACGCAACUUGUCCUCGUAUCAGCUUUGACUUCACCAGCAGAUUUCUGCCUCCUGUUUACAUCUUAGUGUUCAUCAUUGGUCUGGUGGCUAAUGGAUGGGGACUGAAGACUUUGCUGCAAAACUGGAAGAAAUUGGGAAACGUCAACGUGUUUGUUUUCAACCUCGGACUUACAGAUGUUUUGUACCUGCUCACUCUUCCAUUUCUUGUGGUGUACUACUUUAUGGAUAGUACAUGGAUCUUUGGAGACACAUUCUGCAAGAUAACAAGAUUCUGCUUCAACCUGAAUUUAUACGGCAGCAUCGGGUUUCUUACCUGUAUCAGUGUGUACAGGUACUUGGCCAUCGUCCAUCCCAUGAAGGUGAUGGGACGACUGAGUGUCACACACUCGGUGGUUAUUUCAGUCCUGGUUUGGCUGCUGGUGAGUGUUCAAAGUCUUCCAGACAUGUUCUUCACCAAAACAUCAACAAACAUGACUAAAUGUUAUGACACCACCUCUGAUGUCUACGUUGAGGAUUAUCUGAAAUACAGUCUUGGAUGGACAUUGACUGGGUUUUGUAUCCCACUCCUCAUCACACUGGGCUGUUAUGGACAUAUGAUUGUGACGCUGUGCCGGAAAGAAAACAUUGACAAAGUGCUGAAACGGAAAAGUUUGAGGUUACUAGUGAUCUUAGUUGUUCUCUUCUCUGUUUGUUACAUCCCCUAUCACGUACUGAAGAACCUCAACCUCUGGUCUAGAGUUUUAUCUAAAAGAGGGGCAUGUCGUGGAUGGUUUAAUGGAGUCUACAUCGCUCGUCAGAUAGGUCGUGGCCUUGUGAGUCUGAACAGUGCUCUGAACCCUCUGGUUUACCUUCAUGGAAGUGAAGUCGCUCCUGCUCAGCUCAGAAAACUGUUUCAGCAAGCACGUCAAGCUGUGAUGCGCCAAGCGUCCACACCUACUCAAAUGUCCACUAUGUAGAUGUAGUCUAAUAUUAUGUGAAUUAAAUGCCACCAUAAUUACCUCCGACAAGGACGGCAGAGGUUAUGUUUUCAUCGAGGUUUAUUUGUUUGUUUGUCUGUUAGCAAGAUAACUCAAAGUUAUGGAUGAAUUUUGAUGCAAUUUUCAGGAAAUGUUGAUGCUGGCAGAAGGAACAAAUGAUUACAUUUUGGUGGUGAUCGGGGGGGGGGCUCCGAGUUCUUUUCUAAUUGUUUGAUGUAAAGACAUUUUUUUCACUGUAUUGUGUUUAAUUUUUGGGUUGUUGUAGUAAAAUUGACAAAAUUAAGGAAAUAAAUGGAAACUAAGAGAACUGUUGGUGUGGAGCAUGUGGCUGUGGUCAGUAUUAUGAUGAUGUUAAUGAAAGUGUAUGUAUGUGUCAUGAUGGAGAGAAUGAACAAACUCAAUCGCAUGGUGCUGAAGGAGUACAGUGAUUUACUGAACAGAAAAUA